AUGUUAUCAAAUAAAUUAUGUGAAUGUUAUCGAAACAUGUUAAAUGAAGAAAAAACCAAUGAAGAAGGACAAACAAACAAAAUAUCAUUUACAAAAUUAAUGGCAUCCAAAGGUAUACGUUAUUUUGGUUUAAUUACGUGGCCAAUUAUUGUAUGUUCAACAUUAUUAACUUUAUUACUCACAAUUUUACAUUACGACACAAAAACAUCGACAUCUCUGGCUUUAUUUUUAAUUGCAAUCACUCUAGAAUGUUUCAUAUUAUCAUUCGUUAAAAAUUUGUGCUCCAUUGUCGGUGGAACCUGUGCUGGAUAUGCUCUUGUUGCACCGGCAUUCGAUACAAAAACGGUUCAAAUAUUAUCUCAACAAGAAGCGUAUGCUUGUGGACAACGGUGUACAGCGAUGUUAAACGGUUUACAUCGUUUCAUGUCCUGUAAUCAUAUUGAAAAUUUUGGCUGUGACUACUCGUCUAGUGGAAUAACAAUGAAUUUCAUCAACGCAAAAUUAAAAACAUUUUUUGCCAAAAGAACAUUAGAUGGAUUACGGUAUGACACAUAUGUAUUCUUCUACAGUGGACCAACAAGAGAUACCGGCGAUAUAGCACUGUCAGACAAUCAAGCUGUUACAGUAAAUUUGUUACUUCAGUGGUGGUGUGAAAAUGGAUACCAUGAGCCGACAUGCACUUCUCGUCUUAUUCUCAUAUUUGACACUUACAAUUCUCACAAAUGGUUAAAAUUAAUUAAUUGUCAAUCGUCAUUUUCCUCGUGUAAACCUGGUGUCUAUCUUGUUUUACAAACUUAUCGUCGUUAUUCAAAACAAGAAACAAAAUUAAUUGAACUAGGUCAGAUUCAUUUAGGUCAAUUUACCGAUUUAUGGUUAAAAUUAAACAGUGUAGAAGAUACUACCGCUGAUGAAAAAUUAACGUGGAAAGCAAAUUAUAUGCAGCCAAAAUGCGCUUUUUCAUACUAUUGGUCAGAAUACAGUUUUCAAAAACCAACAAAUUCUGAUAUUGAAUUAUAUUUGAAUGAACACUACUAUCUAAAACGUCUCCAUUUAUUUUAUUUAUGUUUAACUUAUAUACCGUCAAUUAUAACAUAUCCAUUUCUCUAUGUUUUCAAGUGUUUAAAACGAACAAAAUUUAUGUUGUUGACACCAAAAAUUAUUGAUACAUAUCAUGGUUUCAGAUUAUUUGUGAGAUGA